UCCUCCUCGCUCUCAGAGCCAUCCUUGACUCAUCUUGACGCCUCCGGCGCCGCAAAGAUGGUGUCCAUUUCCGAAAAGCCACACACCGUCCGCCGCGCCAUCGCCAUUGGCCGCAUUGCUUUCUCCAAUCCCGACCCCGCGAGUCUCAUUGCGCGUAACGCUAUCAAGAAGGGUGAUGUCCUGAGCAUCGCGCGUAUUGCUGGUAUCACUGCCGCCAAAAAGACGCCCGAAUUCAUUCCUCUGUGCCACCCGAUCCCGCUCACCAGCGUCGUGAUCGACCUUGACCUCGUCCAGCCGGGAGAUGAUGCAGAGAUCAUGUAUGGCUGCAUCAAUGUGCAUGCCACUGUUGAAUGUACCGGUGCCACAGGUGUCGAGAUGGAGGCGUUGAUGGGUGUGUGGGGCGCCGUAAGCACUGUUUACGACAUGUGCAAGGCAGUAGACAAAGGCAUGAGUAUCUCAUCAGUCAAAGUCGUCCUUAAAGAAGGUGGCCGCAGCGGCAUGCUCGUCGAU